UGACCAUUCUGCCCAAGUUGUACCUUUCCUUGCUACCCCUCCUCCUCCUCUCUUGUUCCCAACUCUUUAAAUCUCUCACCACUCCUAGCACUUUUCCCCCCUAACCCUUCUCAGAUCCAAAGCAAGUAAACAUGGAAUUGGAAGCACACCAAGUGACCAGAUGGGAAGGCUAUGAGGACUGGAGGAAAAGGCCUGCUCUCAGAGCCCGCCAUGGAGGCAUGCUUGCAGCCUCCUUCGUUUUGGUGGUGGAGAUAUUGGAGAAUCUGGCGUAUUUGGCCAAUGCGAGCAACUUGGUUUUGUAUCUGACGGAGUACAUGCAUAUGUCACCUUCGAAAUCUGCUAACUCUGUCACCAAUUUCAUGGGAACGGCCUUCCUCCUUGCCCUCCUCGGUGGUUUCUUAUCCGAUGCCUUUUUCACCACUUAUUACGUCUACCUGAUAAGUGCAGUUAUUGAGUUCCUGGGUCUGAUUGUACUCACAAUACAAGCUCGCGUAGCUUCACUAAAGCCACCAAAAUGUGACCCAGACACCCCAUGUCAGGAAGUUAAUGGUGGAAAAGCAGCAAUGCUGUUUGGUGGCCUCUAUCUUGUGGCUCUGGGAGUUGGAGGGAUUAAAGGAUCACUGCCAGUACAUGGUGGUGAGCAAUUUGAUGAAACUACCCCAUCUGGAAGGAAGCAGAGAUCAACCUUCUUCAACUACUUUGUCUUCUGCCUAUCAUGUGGUGCCCUUAUUGCAGUUACUUUUGUUGUGUGGGUUGAAGACAACAAAGGGUGGGAAUGGGGUUUUGCACUAUCUACUAUUAGCAUAUUUGUAUCCAUUCCAGUGUUCUUGGCAGGCUCUUCUACUUACAGAAAUAAGAUCCCUUCAGGAAGUCCACUAACAACCAUUUUAAAGGUUCUUGUUGCUGCUUUACUGAAUAGCUGCACCUACAGAAACUCUAGUAGUGCUGUUGUGAAUAUGGCUUCAAGUCCUUCUAAUCCACAAUCAAGUAGAAAGGAAUCAGAGGAAGAAACAGUAAAAGCAAGUACAGAAACUGAAACGCCAACGGAGAACCUCAAAUUUCUCAAUAGUGCAGUUGCAAACAAGCCAAUCUAUUCUUCACUAGAAUGCACUGUACAGCAAGUAGAGGAUGUCAAGGUAGUAUUGAAAGUACUACCCAUAUUUGCAUGUACCAUUAUGCUUAACUGCUGCCUCGCUCAGCUGUCCACAUUCUCUGUUGAACAAGCUGCUACUAUGAACACCAAGCUUGGUUCCCUAAAGGUUCCACCAGCUUCAUUACCAAUUUUUCCAGUGCUCUUUAUCAUAAUCCUAGCACCAAUUUAUGACCACAUUAUUAUCCCCUAUGCUCGGAAAGCGACCAAAUCAGAAAUGGGCAUCUCUCAUCUACAAAGGAUUGGAAUUGGAUUAGUACUCUCUAUAGUUGCCAUGGGUGUGGCUGCUCUUGUUGAAAUAAAGAGGAAAAGGGUGGCCACUCACUCAGGCCUACUUGAUGAUGCAACCAAACCAUUACCCAUCACAUUCUUUUGGAUUGCUCUUCAGUACUUAUUCCUUGGGUCAGCUGAUCUUUUCACCUUGGCUGGAUUGUUGGAAUUUUUCUUCUCAGAAGCACCAAUAAGGAUGAGAUCCUUGGCCACAUCUCUUUCCUGGGCCUCUUUGGCAAUGGGGUACUACCUAAGUUCAGUGAUUGUAUCUAUAAUAAACAGUAUCACUGGUAACUCAAACCACAGAGCAUGGUUAUCUGGUGCCAACCUUAACCACUAUCACCUGGAGAAGUUCUAUUGGUUCAUGUGUGUACUGAGUGCUUUGAACUUCCUACAUUACCUGUAUUGGGCUAUCAGGUACAAAUAUAGAGGGAGAGGUACCAAUGAAUGAAGCAAAGGGGAAUUUUUCAAACGGUCUAUAUGAGCACUUGAGUUUAAGAGCUCAUUGAUCAAAAUUUUCCAACCCAUUCUUCAGCUGCAAUUCUGUGUAACUGCCUACAAGUCUCCAAUAGAGUGCAUCAGCAUUUACCCCAGUAGAGGUAUCCUAUGUAUACUAGAAUAAUAGAAUAGAAAGAACAAAGGUGUUAAAAAAAAAGAAAAAAAAAAGGGGGGGUAUGACGUGUAAUCAGUCUUGCUUUUUUGUUUAUCAUAUAGUGAGAGCAAAUGGUUUAUAUUCAAUCCGUGGUGUUUUUGGACGA